UACAGCGGUCUCGCGGGAUUGUUUUGAUGUCAUCAAAAGCAAGUUGUGGCUUUGCUGGUUCGCGCCUUAUGUAGUGUAACUAAGUUUUAAACCCCAUUGUAAUCAGGAUUUUUCGGUGUCGCCUCGUUUUAUUUCGGCGGUAGACUUCGAGAAAUUGACGUAACGAUAAUAACUCAAGAAAGAAGCGCAUAUCCUCGAAGAAGAAUCAGCCUAUAAUGAAGAGACCAACAUUGUUAGCCUUACAUCAUCUGACAAGCUGAAUUUAGUUAUCAGCCAUUAAACAUUAAUUAUGGAUUGUACAGCUCUUGAACUUGAUGCUGUUAAAUUUGCCAAAUCAGCUGUACUGCACGACCAGCAGGGAAAAUACAAUGAAGCUGUUUUCUACUACAAGGAGGCUGCCCAAGCUCUCAUCUAUGCAGGUAUGGCUGGAUCCAAAAUAGAGAAUAUUCAAGACAAGGUGAACGAGUACCUGGACAGAGUACAGACUCUACACAGCGCUGGUCAGUUUCAAGCACAGAGCAGUGACCCGCUGAAGAGCAAGCAUCAGUUGGAUCUGGAGAGGGCGUACUUCCUGGUGACACAGGCUUUUGAGGAGGAUGAGAAGGAAAAUACUGAUGAGGCCAUUCAGCUUUACACUCAGGCUGUAGAGUUGUGCAUUCAAACGUCCAGUGAGACGUCAGAUCAAGCACUACAGGGCAAACUGAAACAGCUUGCUCGCCAGGCACUGGACAGGGCAGAGGGACUAAAAGACUCCCUUAGUAAAUCUGCGAACCAUGACAAGCCCAUUUCAUCCACACCCAAAGCUCAGGUGAGGCAGUUCCUGCCGCUAGGCCCAGACUUUUCCCUUCAUGACAGAGCUCAGCCGGUCCGAGUGGUGCAGUCCUGUGAGCCACAGGGGCAACGCUACAUGCCGGAGGAAAUAGAGGUGCUGAGGAAAACCUCCAAGAUAAAUGGAAUUGAAUAUGUUCCAUUCAUGAGUGUAGACCUGAGGGAACGUUUCGCUUUCCCUGUUCCGUUCUCGGACAAAUGUGGAAAACUGGCUCUGUCGCCAAAGCAGAAAGCCAUAUUCUCACGCUGGGUUCGGCCUGAUGACAUCUGCAAUAACCCCACCAUGAUCUUCACUGUGUCCAGCUUCAGCAUCAAGCAGACGGUUGUGUCAGACUGUUCCUUUGUUGCCUCACUGGCCAUCAGUGCAGCUUAUGAAAGACGCUACAACAAAAAGUUAAUCACAAGUAUCAUCUACCCACAAAACAGGAAAGGAGAGCCAGAAUAUAACCCCUGUGGGAAGUACAUGGUCAAGCUACACAUUAACGGUGUUCCAAGGAAGGUAAUCAUCGAUGAUUUCCUCCCGGUGGAUCGGAACGGCGAGCUACUUUGCUCCUACUCAAGUAAUCGCAAUGAACUUUGGGUAUCACUUAUUGAGAAGGCUUACAUGAAGGUCAUGGGAGGAUAUGACUUUCCUGGCUCCAACUCUAAUAUUGACUUGCACGCCCUCACUGGCUGGAUCCCAGAACGUAUCGCUAUGCACUCAGACAAUCAGUCUUUUAACAAAGAUGACUCUUUCCGCAUGCUUUUCCAGAGGUUUCACCGAGGAGAUGUUCUCAUCACCACAGCAACAGGGGUCAUGACUGAGGAGGAGGGGGAAAGGUGGGGCUUAGUGCCCACACAUGCAUACGCUGUCCUAGACAUCAGGGAAUACAAGGGUAAACGCUUCCUUCAGUUGAAGAACCCGUGGAGUCAUCUAAGAUGGAAAGGUCGCUAUAGUGAACGUGAUGAAAAGAACUGGACACCAGAUCUUCUCAAAUACCUAAAUUUUGACCCUAAGACAGCGCAGAAGUUUGAUAAUGGGGUAUUUUGGAUCAUCUGGGAAGACCUGUGCCAGUAUUAUGAUGUCAUCUACCUGAGCUGGAAUCCAGCUCUGUUCAAAGAAUCCUCAUGUAUACACAGUAGCUGGGAUGGAAAACAAGGACCAGCAAAGGAUGUCUACAGCUUGGCCAGUAACCCUCAGUACAAACUGGAGGUGAAUUGUCCCCAAGGGGGUGCGGCCGUAUGGGUGCUUCUCACAAGACAUAUCACUGACAAGGAUGACUUUGCCCAAAACCAGGAGUUUAUUACUUUAGUCGUUUACAAGACCGAUGGAAAGAAAGUGUAUUAUCCAGCUGAACCUCCUCCCUUCAUUGAUGGCAUCAGGAUCAACAGCCCUCACUACCUGACCAAAAUCAAACUGACCAGUCCUGGAACUUACACUUUUACACUGGUGGUCUCUCAGUAUGAAAAACAAAACACCAUCAACUACACAUUAAGGGUCUACUCAGUGUGCAAGUUUAAUUUCUCCAAAAUCCCAACACCCUUCACCCACACCAAAAGAAUAAAUGGCCAGUGGAAAGGGGCCAGUGCCGGGGGUUGUGGAAAUUAUAGAGAUACCUACAAGAACAACCCCAUUUACCAGUUUAACUUGGAGAAAUCAGGCCCUCUGCUCAUUGAACUUCGUGGCUCCAGGCAGUACAGCGUGGGCUUUGAGGUGGUGACCGUAUCUACAGCUGGGGAUUCUGGAUCCUCAGGCUCUCAAAAGAGAGGCAGUGGAGAUUACCGAUGUGGUUUCUGUUACAUGGAGUUGGAGCACCUCCCAGCCGGCAUUUACAAUGUCAUCCCCACCACCUUCCUGCCUAAACAGGAAGGCCCGUUCUUCCUGGACAUCAGCAGUGUCACCCCACUUCGGGUAUCUCAGCUGCAAUAAGGACACAAUCAUGAUGAAAAAGUGUAUAUCAGCGGCCCACCAGUUCAUUCUGCAGUUAAAAGAUGCCCUUACUGAUCUCUCCUCACGACAUGGAUGUUUGUUUACCAAAACAAAUGCGCACCACACACAAAUGGUACCUGCCAUAGUGCUAUGUGCCAUAUUUGUCAUGUUUGCGUGCGAUAGAUAGCGAAUGACUGCUCUGACUCCUGUGCUGUUGUUGUGCCGUGCUUGGAGGAAGUGUGUUCAAUCAGUCAAAAACACAUUUCUCCCAGACCUGCGGUUUAAAGUUGCAAUCAGAGAGGAUGGUGUAAGUACACUAGACCUGAAAAAACUGUAUUUUACUCAGGAGACUGCAAUACAACGGGGACUUUACAUUGUUGUAUAUAAAUGAUGUCUACUGCUUGAGUAGCAAAUGACGAGGGUUCUGCGUAGUACACAGAUCUCUGUGUCACCUUACUAAGGGCUCUUCCUCUGGUCUGUCAUUGAUGUCUAGGUAGAAUGAAUAUCAGAGGGCUUCUCUCUUCAAUGGUCAGAAUUAGUUUGCUUUUACACACAUCCAUCUGGUGCACCCAUAAACAUGUUGGUCAAAUUAUUUUCAGCUAUUUAAAAAACAAAUCCCAUUAUGUGUACAAAAUUAAAGCCCAGUUUGUUUCAGUCACUAUUUACCAGCACAGUACUGUAUGUUUACAGAUGAUAAUGAACUGGAUGUUCACACAUUGUAAAUGGACAUGGAUUGUUGAGGAUCUUCCUAUUUGGGAUUGUGCAAAUGCUUGAAGUUCUUCCUUUUCACAUGCUUUUUGGUUUUCAUUCAUCUGCUCAAAUGUAUUUAUUUGCUGAGAUUAAAAUAUAUGUAUAUGUAUUA